ACAGUAUUCCGGUGAACUUGGCGUUGUUUGUAUCUGUUGCCGUUGCAGUAUUGAAACAAAUUAUUAAACCCAAAAAUCGCUUGAAAAAUACUACAAAAAAUCUUUAAAGAAAAUGGCAAAUUUCAUGUGCUUCGUUAUCCUCUCGUUGGCUUUGUUCGCCACUGUGGCCGUAGCGCGACCAGGAUAUGCUGUGGAUUAUUAUGAUCAUCCCAAAUAUGCCUUUAACUAUGGUGUGGCAGAUCACACGACCGGCGAUGUUAAGUCCCAGCAUGAAACCCGUGAUGGAGAUGUUGUCAAGGGUCAAUACUCGCUUGUCGAGCCCGAUGGUUCCAUUCGCACUGUUGACUAUACUGCAGAUUCCAUUCAUGGUUUCAACGCGGUUGUUACCAAAUCUGGCCCCACUGUGCACGCUCAAGCGUUGGUCACGAAGCCAAUUGUUACCCACAAGCCCUACCUGACCCACUAUGAGCCGCAGCAUGUGGCUCCUGUGGCUGCUCCUGUUGUGGUGGCCGCCUCACCGGCGCCCUAUGUGUCCAAACAUUAUGCGACUGCUGCUGCGCCCAUUCACUACGACUACGAUGAUGGCUACUACGGCAACACCUACAACCAGGCUCAGUAUGAGUAUGUGCCUCAGUACGAUGCAGGACACUAUGGUCACUAUGCGAGUCCCUAUGCGACACACUAUUAAGGACCUACGAGAAACACUUGCGAUUUAGUACUCUAAGCGAAUUUAGUUUGUAUAUUUUCGAUAAAACUCGACCCGGUUGCAGUUGUGUGUGGUUUGCAAAGCGCUCGUUUUGAGAUCCACAUGCUGUUAACUUAUUAUUUCACAUAUGACAUUGAAGCUGAGUAAGAUAAUAAUGAUAUGGAUGCUAGUUUAAGUUGUGAAUUUUGCUGUAAAAAUAAAGUUUCAACAACAUAAGGGAAAAUUAUACAAAA